AUGGACGAUCAAGCAUGUCCCCGAUGUAAAACCACAAAAUAUAGAAAUCCAUCAUUAAAACUGAUGGUGAAUGUAUGUGGCCAUGCUUUGUGCGAAAGUUGUGUCGAGUUGUUGUUUCUAAAAGGUUCUGGAUCGUGCCCCGAUUGCAAUGUUCCGCUUCGCCGUAGUAACUUCAGGGUUCAGCUGUUCGAAGAUCCAAUGGUUGAAAAGGAAAUAGACAUUAGAAAGCGAGUACUUAAAGAUUAUAAUAAAAAAGAAGAAGAUUUUGCUACACUCAGAGAAUAUAAUGACUAUUUAGAAGAAAUAGAAACAAUAAUAUAUAAUUUAACUAAUAACAUAGAUAUUGUAGCAACUAACAAAAAGAUAGAGCAGUAUAAAAAAGACAAUAAAGAAAUUAUUAUGAAGAAUAAGGCGAAAAUAGGCAGAGAAGAGAUAGAAUUGGAAGAAAUAUUGGAGAUUGAGAAAGAAAUGGAGGAGCUUCGUAGAGCAGAGUUGCAACGUAUUGAACAGGAAGCCAAGAGACAAAAAAUUAGAGAAAAAGAAGCACUUAUUGAUGAACUUAUGUUUGCAGAGGGAGAUGCAAAGGAUAUAUUGAACACUUUCGCUCAGGCUAAAGCUAGUAAACAGGAAGAACUUCUACCCCCAGUUCCUAAGAUUACUCAGUUCUCAACUGGUGUUAAAUUUACUCGUGGUUCAGCUGACCAGCACAUUCCUAUAAUAGAAGAGGGUCCAUUGUAUCGGUAUGAACCUCCUCCAGUGCCUGACCGAUGCGGACCUGAGCCACCUACUCUAAACGAGAUAAUAAGCAAUGGUUUUCUGCAACAUGUGAAGCGGGAAAACGAAACAGAAAAGGCGGGAGGAUAUACAUCCAAACUUCCUUGUUUACGAGCUCUCCAGGACGCGUUCUCAGGACUUUAUCAUGCCAGCUGA